AGAACAUAUUCAAAGUAUGAAUGUGUCAGUACUCCCGGUACGUAGUACUCGUACGUGACAAGUUUCGUCUCAUUUUUUAAAUGAACCGUGAUGAACGCCAAUAAUACUAUUAUUCUUGGUAUCGUUAUUUUUAUUUGUAUUUAUAUUUACAGGUACAGUACUAGACAAAAAAUAAUGAUUUUGUGCACUCAUUCAAGUUCAUUGUCUGUUGAAUGCCAACAUGUAAGGAUGAACCGAACCCACGGGUCACGCAUGCAAAAAGUGCUACAGGAGACCUUCCGAGUUGGCAAUUUCAUGGCAAAGAAGAGCUUCAGAUGUAAGACAAAAGAAGAUGUGAAUGGCUGUGGUAGAUACUAUGUGCGGUAUGAUGUUGAGACUUUCGAUCGCUAGUCGACUUUCCUAUCCUUUUUCUGGAAAAUAAUCUUGCGGAACAAUGAAAAUUCCGACGGCGGAACCAUGUGCGAGAGUGCCAAGAUUUGUGAUGGAUCACAGGUACGCCUGAUUCCAUCUCUUCAUUUCGUGUUGUCAUGAUGCAAGGCAUUGAACACCUUUUCAUAUGGUGUUUGAAAUUGUCUAAACCUGUAUUAGUAGCACUAUUCAAGACGUAUUCGUUCUCAAAAACUCAAAAUUUGUUACUGUUAAGAUUCAGUAAAUAGAUACAAGCUUAACUCGUGGUUGCUCGAUGAAGAGUCCAUCGUCGAGUCGCUUUCAUGGCUGUCCUCAUACUCGUAAUCAUCGUCUUCGAUUUCGUCGUCCUCCCGACUGAUAUUAUAACAAAUAUCAUUCGAGUGGAGAAAGGUUCGUUGCCGCAGUUCUCGUUUCCCUCUGUGCGCUCGCAGGGUAGAGACUCCUCUCAUCGUAUAGGAUUUUAUAUACAUUCCAUCUUCUUCGAGUCUGGGCAUGGCCAUUCGACAGACGCCGCACUCGCGGGACGAUUCCUUGUUCAGGCUGUCAUACGACAAUUGUCGAAUAUAACAGCCCACGUGGUACGCCUGGCCGCAGCAAGCGGAAAACAUUUCGACAGGCUUUCCGUCGGCAUUACCCUCGAGGCAAAUAAUGCAUACAUCUUCUUUAACUCGUCGUUUGCGGUUGCGGUGAUGGAUUCCGGGAAGGUCUGGAUGGCUCCCAUCGCGCAAUCGCAGACGUUCUUUAUGCAUUGUUUUGAUCGCAAUGUGUUUCUCACGGGUUUUCCGCCGUUCCUUCCUGCGCUGCCGUCGCUGUUUUUGUCUCUCUCGCCUCUCCGGUUCCAAUUGAUCUUUUGGCUUCGAACACGCUAUCGAAGGCUCUUUUAUUGACGGCGAUAUAUCGGGAAUGGAUCUUGAAGAAGAUUGGCUACAGUUCGUAACCUGUAAUGUGAUGGUGGAAGAACCUGCAUCUUCGGAAACACAAUUCAUCGCAUUUCCUUUCAUGUCUCCCUUCUUGGGCCAUCUUUCUUUCGAUACUUUCAUGCCCAUUAUUCAAUAUCUCUUUUGCUGUGCGGUGUCGUAUGGUGUAAUAUUAUGUUUUGUUUUCAUUUCAUCAAUUUGUUUCGAUUCGUUUCUAUUCGAUAAUGAAUAUUUAUGAGAGUUUUUGCGUUGUCUGCCGCAACUUUCUUACAAAAAUUGUCUGGUGGAACAGGUUCGUUUGAACACCGCAGUGUUCAAAUUGACAAAACUUGUUCGGCGGUCCUACUGAAGUUUGCGUAGUUUUACUGCAUGAAACAUGUGUUCCAUCCAAAUUGCACGCACGUCUGGUCUUAAGACUGCAUGACAAUAAUCUUGUAUAUACCUUUCAAUAAGAGCUUAUUUCCAGAGCCGCAUUCAUUUGAGAAGAACAUUCCAAGGUGAGCAUGCUGCACUGGAGAGAACCCUUAAGGAAAUUUUUGUCUAGUUUAUUUAAUGUCUGCGAUUCUACUUUUUGGUGGUUUGGUCUCUUUAGGAAAAUGCUGCAUACUAUUUUUUUAUUUUGUCCACAUACCGGYCGGUACGGAAGGUCCUUCGGUCGUGUUGCGAAGUGAGUUAGAUUCCAUCUUUAGCGUUACACUGCAUAUGSUAACAUUGCUCCGACAAAAAAAACCGUUGUUCGCUCUAACGGUACGUAUCACGUACCACCUUCUAGGCAUAUUAUUUCAUAUUAUUAAUUCCUUAAGUACUGCAAUAUGAAAAUAGUUCUUCUGAUUUUUAUUUGAGUCGGAAUUUGUGUCACCCCAACAACAGCUUUGGGACCAGACCAAACGUCAGACAGCAAAACUGAUCAGAAUCGGAUAUGUAUUUUUUGUUUUUUUAAUUUGAGAUUCAUAUCCAAGAAUUAAGAGAGUGUGACGCUUUUACUCAUUAUAAAACAAACAAAAUUGUGCUUGACAACCAAACCUCAACCAAUCAAAGAACAACAGCAGUACCUGAUUCUAAGGAACUUGAUCUUUUUUGGUUCUAUAACCUACUACUAGCGUUAUGUUGGUGUCAUAGAUAUGAAUGGACAUACAGAAAUAACAAUCUUCCACACUACAUUACUGUACUUGAUAUCAAAAUUCAUGGCAGUUUCAGAAAACAAGAAUAUGCAUCUUAAGGAUUCAUUCUGAACGAUACUUCCAAGCGUGAUGAAACUAAUCGUGAUCGGAGAAGAUAUCGAUGACUUUUGAAUCCAAUCUAAAGACUUUGCUUCAUUGCGAAACCCUGCUGUUCGAUCUUAGUGUCGUCCAUUGAUGGAAAAUAGAAUCGCGACUUGACGAUAGUAAGGUCAACUCUCCGGAAAUCAUUUGCUUCCYUUCAGUGUUCGGAUGUACUGCAGUGAGUCACGCCAUGCCACCGGCACAGAAGAAGAGUGGUGCUCGAGUCAUUAUAUCCAGUUUAUCCAUCCUGAUGGUUUAUUCCUGAAGCUUUCUUUUAGCUCAUCGUACUUGCAUUUAUACAACUUCGAUGGACUUUUUUGUUGGUAGAGAGAAUGUUCAAAUUGUUCUUCGUGAUAGCGUGGGCGUCGACGGUUUGGAUUUAUUCUCCGUCUCGUUGUUCCAGUUCGAGCAUAGUUCUGUCCCUGCAAUCGUCGAAUCUUUUCUGCACGCUUUUUAAGUAUUUCGUAUUUAAGUUCUUGCCUCAUGCUCCAUAAUUCGGCUUCGCUGUACCACAAGGACCUCCGGUAACGAGGGGUAAGAUCUUUUUUUAGGUUCGCAACGAUGCGAAUCCGAAUCUGCUUCUGAAACACAACUUUUUUCUUCGUUUCUGGAAUGAUUAUUGUUUUCUUACUGCCGUGGCCGUGGCCGUGGUUCGUGUUUAUCUUCGAGUUGUGUACUAAGAUGCCUGUACUCAUUUUCAACGACGGUGCUCUUAUGUUCUGAAUGUUGUUUUUUCUAUGUGUCGUUCGUCUUCUUUUCUGUGAUAUCUUGCGAAGUUUUGCGGUUCGAGUUUGUGAGAGUGUGAGAAUAUUCUGACCAUGUUGAGCUCUCACUUGAUCAGAUCAAGUUUUGAUCAUCCACGCGAUGACACUAAAGCCAUCACAAACAU